AUCACCCAAAAAAAACAAAAAGAAGGUAGAGGUAGAGCAAAAGACAGGAACUUAGACAUUCAGAAAGAAAAAGGAGACAGAGAGAGGAGCAAAACACACAGAAAAUAUUUCUAGUUCAGUCAUGGCUCCCUGGACUAGAACUAGCUCUGAAAGAUAUGGAGUUGUUAAGUGGAAUUUCACAGCAAAAGCAGACAAGCAGUUGUCUCUGGCUAUUGGGGACACAGUGCACAUACAGGAGUCAUGCGAAGGAUGGUAUAAAGGAUACCUGACCAAGAACAAAGAGAGAAAAGGUGCAUUUCCUGCCAGCUUUAUAGAGCUAAAGGAAGUCAUCAUCGAGAAGAGAGGAGAUGAAGAGGUCAUAACCUCUGUUGAGAUGCCCCUGGUUAAGGAGGUCACCACCACAUUGAGGGAAUGGGGCAGCAUCUGGAAGCAACUCUUUAUGACUGCCAAAAUGUACUAUGGUUUUUACAAAAAUAACAAUAUUAAUUCGAAGAUGAUAACUGGACUGCACAUAUUUAUGGAGCAGGCCAAUAAGAAGGAGCGUUUCAGUCAGGUCCAGAGGCUGAUGUGGGAUCUAAUGGAGUGGCGCUCACAGCUUCUCUCUGGCACGUUGCCAAACGAUGAGUUUAAGGAGCUCAAACAGAAAAUCACGUCAAAGAUCGACUACGGAAAUAAGAUCUUAGAGUUGGAUGUGGUAGUUCGGGAUUUCAAUGGGAAUAUUUUAGACCCUGAGCGAGCCAGUGUAAUCAGUCUCUUCAGAGCACACGAGGAUGCUACAGUGAAGAUCACAGAACGAAUUAAAGAGGAACAGUCCAACGUUCAAAUGGACCAUUCCGGAGUAUCCGCUCGGAUCCAGUCUUCCCCAACGCACAGUCUCUACGUUUUCGUGCGGAAUUUCGUGUGUCGUAUCGGAGAGGAUUCUGAACUCUUUAUGUCUCUGUAUGACCCCAUCAAACAGACUAAUAUCAGUGAGAAUUAUUUGGUGCGAUGGGGUGAUAAAGGUUUGCCGAAAGACAUUGAAAUGCUCAACAGUCUGAAGGUGGUUUUUACAGAUCUAGGGAAUAAAGACUUGAGUAGAGAGAAAAUCUAUCUGAUCUGUCAGAUUGUACGUGUUGGCCGGAUGGAUCUAAAAGAUGCUAAUCAUAAGAAAUGUACGGGGGGUUUGAGAAGACCAUUUGGUGUCGCAGUGAUGGACAUCAGCGACAUCAUCAAAGGAAAGAUGGAAUGUGACGAAGAGAAGCAAUAUUUCAUUCCGUUUCAUCCGGUCGUAGCUGAACAUGAUUUCUUACACACUCUCUUGAACAAGGUGACAACGUCUCGAGGAGACAGCGGAGGUCAAGGUCUCUGGGUCACUAUGAAAGCCCUAGUUGGCGAUAUUGUCCAGAUCCGAAAGGAAUAUCCCCAUCUGGUGGACCGGAGCACGGUGGUUGCUCGUAAACUCGGUUUUCCUGAGAUUAUAAUGCCGGGUGACAUCCGUAACGAUAUCUACCUCACUCUGCACUCCGGAGACUUCGACAAGUACAACAAAACCACGCAGAAAAACGUUGAGGUCAUCAUGUUGGUCUGCGACGAGGAGGGGAAGGUCGUGGCGAACUCAAUUUGUCUGGGAGCCGGAGAUCGUCCUGUGAAUGAAUAUAGAUCAGUAAUUUACUACCAAAUCAAACAACCACGUUGGAUGGAAACUUUUAAGGUGGCGAUCCCUCUUGAGGAGAUGCCCAGAAUCCACCUGCGGUUCAUGUUCCGACAUCGAUCGUCUCAGGAGUCGAAGGAUAAAAGUGAAAGGAACUUUGCAAUGGCUUUUGUACGUCUGAUGAAAGAAGAUGGAACCGUUUUGAAAGACGGAAUACAUGAACUCACCUUCUUUAAGGGUGACAGUAAACGUAUGGAGGAGGUCAGCUCAUAUCUGUCUCUGCCCUCUGAGCGCAAUCACACUGACAGCCACAAGGGGUCGACACUGAUGCGCAGCUCCAGCAGUGUUGGUGGUCUAUCUGUCAGCUCCAGAGACAGCUUCACCAUCGCAACCCUUGUCUGCUCCACCAAACUCACUCAGAAUGUGGGUUUGUUGGGUUUGCUGAAAUGGAGAACUCGUCCUGAAAUGCUGAAACAGAAUUUACAAGAGCUCAAACUCAUCGAUGGAGAGGAAGUUGUGAAGUUUCUGCAGGACACUCUAGACGCUUUGUUUAACAUCAUGAUGGAACAUUCUCAGACUGAAGACUAUGAUAUUCUGGUGUUUGAUGCUUUGAUUUAUAUCAUCGGUCUGAUUGCUGACAGGAAGUUUCAGCAUUUUAACACAGUGUUGGAGGCUUAUAUCAAACAACACUUCAGUGCCACACUGGCUUACAAGAAGUUGAUGUCCGUGCUGAAGACGUAUCUGGAUGUGUCAAGCCGAGGCGAGGCCUGUGAGCCCAUCCUGAGGACACUCAAAGCUCUGGAGUACAUCUUUAAAUUCAUUGUCCGCUCCAGAAUGCUCUACUCUCAACUGUAUGAAGGGAAGGAACAGGCCGAGUUUGAAGAAUCUCUCAAAAGUUUAUUUGAGUCCAUCAAUAACCUGAUGAGGAGCGACUACACAACUACCUUACUUCAGCAGGUGGCUGCCCUGAAGUACUUGCCAACGGUACUGCAAGAUGUAGAGACGGUUUUUGAUGCUAAACUUCUCAGUAAGCUGCUGUAUGAUUUCUACACCUGUAUUCCACCUGAUAAACUGCAGAAACAGAAAGUGGCAUCCAUGACUGAGAUAGUGGGCAGCAAACUCUUCCACAGACAGGAUUGCCGUGAUGUCUUGUUACCCAUGAUGCUCCGGGAGUUAAGCGGUGCGUUGGCUGACGUGGGCGAAGGGCUUCAGGACGAGAAGCGGAACAGCGUGGAACUCCUCAACAACAUCCUGGAGGUGCUCAGCCGGAAGGACGUGGGAGACACAUUUCAGCACAUUCAGGACAUUGUGUCAUCUCUUCUGAGAACGAUAAAUCGCACGGUCAUCACUAUGGGCCGAGAACACGCUCUCAUUUCUCGUGUGGUGGCGUGUAUGACGGCUAUUCUCAGUCAGAUGGAUGACAGACACUAUUCACGCUACAUCGAGACUUUCAGUGGCACAACUGAACUAGUGGAUUUCUUGAUGGAAACAUUUCUGUUGUUUAAGGAUCUAAUUGGUAAACAUGUCUACCCGUCUGACUGGGUAACCAUGAUCAUGGUGCAAAACAGAGUGUUCCUCCGAGCGAUCAACACAUAUGCUGACACUAUGAACCACAAGUUCCUGGACAACAACAGCUUUGAAGUGCAGUUAUGGAAUAAUUACUUCCACUUGGCGGUGGCAUUUAUUACCCAAGAGUCUCUGCAGCUGCAGCAUUUCUCGCACACCAAAAGAAACAAGAUUCUGGCGAAAUAUGGGGACAUGAGGAGACUGAUUGGUUUUGCUAUCAGAGACAUGUGGUACAAGCUCGGUGUGAAUAAGAUCUGUUUUAUUCCUGGGAUGGUGGGUCCCAUCUUGGAGAUGACUCUCAUUCCAGAGGAAGAGCUGAGGAGAGCCACAAUCCCAAUCUUCUUUGAUAUGAUGCAAUGUGAACACAAUCACUCUGGACACUUCAAAAAGUUUGAGGAUGAGAUUAUUCUGAAGUUGGACCAUGAAGUUGAGGGGGGCGGAGGAGAUGAGAGAUACAUGGAGCUUUUACAGAGCAUUCUUUUAGAUUGUGCUCAGGGACGCCCCCAGCUGUUGACGGAAGUGCAGCACUUCGUUACCUUGGUGACCGGCCUCCUUGAGCGUCUCCUUGACUACCGCACGGUGAUGAGCGACGACAGUCGAAACAACCGAAUGAGUUGCACUGUCAAUCUCCUGAAUUUCUACAAGGACAUCAACCGUGAGGGAAUGUACAUCAGGUACCUCUACAAAUUGCGGGAUCUUCAUUUGGACGGAGAAAACUACACAGAGGCCGCAUACACACUGCUGCUCCACUCCAAACUGCUUAAGUGGUCAGAAGAUCAAUGUGCCCAUCAACUGGACUACCAGACGCCUCAGUCUCAACGGCAGCUCAAAGAAACGCUCUAUGACACCAUCAUCAGCUACUUUGAUAAGGGCAAGAUGUGGGAAGAGGCCAUCACUCUCUGUAAGGAGUUAGCUGAUCAAUUUGAGAUGGAGGUGUUUGAUUAUGAGCUACUCGGACAGAAACUGAAUCAGCAGGCCAAGUUUUACGAGAACAUCAUGAAAAUCCUGCGGCCCAAACCAGACUACUUCGCCGUGGGAUAUUACGGCUGUGGCUUCCCUCAGUUCCUCAGGAAUAAAGUGUUCAUUCACCGUGGAAAAGAGUAUGAGCGGCGUGAAGAUUUCCAGAGUCAUUUGAUGAGUCAGUUUCCAAGUGCUGUUAGACUCAACAUCACCACAAUGCCCGGAGACGACAUUAAAAACUCAAACUUGCAGUAUAUUCAGUGUUUUACUGUCCAGCCUGUUCUUGAGAUCCCGCCUCGUCUGAGGAAUAAAUCCGUUCCUGACCAGAUCAUCAAUUUCUACAAGUCAAACUAUGUUCAGCGAUUCCAGUAUUCCAGACCUGUGAGAAGAGGGAAAGUCGAUCCUGACAAUGAGUUUGCUUCUAUGUGGAUUGAGCGAACCACAUUCAUAACCGCAUAUAAACUACCAGGAAUUCUGCGAUGGUUCGAGGCCAUAAGCAUGACACAUACGACGGUGAGUCCUCUGGAGAACGCUAUUGAGACGAUGGGACAAACUAAUGAGAAAAUCCUCACAAUGAUCAACCAGUACCAAAAUGACGACACUUUACCCAUAAACCCCCUCUCCAUGCUGCUCAACGGCAUCGUGGAUCCAGCUGUCAUGGGCGGCUUCGCCAAAUAUGAGAAGGCGUUCUUCACAGAUGAAUACACACAUGAACAUUCGGAUGACCGAGACAAACUGAUGAGACUCAAAGACCUCAUCGCAUGGCAGAUCCCGUUAUUGGGCAGAGGAAUCAGUCUGCAUGGCAAGAGAGUGACCGAUGACCUUCGACCUUUCCAUGAGCGCAUGGAGGUCUGCUUCAAACAGCUGAAGAAGAAGGUGGAGAAGGAGUAUGGAGUCAGAGAACUGCCGGAUAUGGAUGAGAGACGAUCCACGCGUCCACAGUCUAUGCUUCGCACCGUCCGACAAUCCAUCUGCUCAUUGGCUGGAUCAGAAUGUGGAACGCCCACUAAGACACACCCAGACAGUGUGUCUUUAGAUGGUGGCGUUCCUCCCUCUCCGUCUAUCAUCCCUCGGUCCAGUGGCAGUAUCAGUGUGAUGGAUGAGAGCGGUGUUGAGGUGGAGGUGAAACUGAGGAAAUCCAAGAAGAAGAAGAAGCCAGGACGCAGCAGUAUGAUCUUCAUCAGUGAGGAGAAAGAGAGGAGCAGCACACUCGAAAAACGGCUGUCAAAGAAGCAAGAGUUCCGCAGUGACACCAACCUGUCAGAACCCAGUGAGAGAAGCAGCGGUCUGGCCAACAUCAACUCCAAAUCUCUGCCCACUAUUACAGGUCUGGCUCUGUCAAUUGUCAAUGGCAGUGAGGAGGCGGAGUCAUCAGCACGCUCCAAGCGUGACAGUAAGAGUGUAUCUGUGUGUUUGCCGUCUGACCGCACGGGUGACCGUCGAUCUAAAGGAGUCAUAAACCUGCUCUUUAAAACUAAGAGCUCCAAAUCUGAUGAAAGCAAAUCAUCGCCUGCCCCCUCCGAUGACACAUCCACUCAUUUUUAAAUCUCUCUCUUUAGAUAAACAUCUCCAUUUCUGCAUCUAUUUCUGCCAUUACAUGUUUGAUUUCAUUUUAUACAAACAGAACUGCUUUAUAAAGCUUAUUAAAGCUUUGAGUUGUAGUUAGUAGAAAGUGAGCUUUGAUUUCAUUGAAUGUGUUUGAAAAACAAACUUUAAUGAAAUGAAUUCAUGAAUCAAUGGAACUUCUCAGUGUGCUUUAGCAUCAGUGUGCUUCAGUCUGUUCCAGCAAUAAACUCAUUUGGAAUGAUGACAAUUUAAUCUUAUUAUAAAUACAUAAACAUAGCGUAUACAUAUCAGUGACUGCUCUCAGAUUUUUAUUUUUAUUCAUAUUGUUUAUUCAUAAUGGAACAUUUGUAAAUCAUGCUGGAUAACAUGAUCAUCAGGUUUUGCAUUCUGUCAUUAAAGCAAAAUAAUGGACAUACCAAAAAUUAAAGGAAUAGUUCACCCAGAAAUGAAAAUUCAUUUACUCACCCUCAUGCCAUCCCAGAUGUGUAUGACGUUCUUUCUUCUGCAGAACACAAACAAAGAUUUUUAGAAGAAUAUCUCAGCUGUGAAGGUCCAUACAAUGCAAGUGAAUGGUGACCAGAACUUUGAAGCUCCAAAAAGCACAUAAAGCAGCAUAAAAGUAAUUCAUAAGACUCCAGUGGUUUAAUCCAUGUCUUCAGAAGCCAUCUAACCUUCUUUACUGUAAAUCUUGACACUUUACUAGUCUCCUUGGCGAUUAUGAUUUCAAGCUAGAUUACACUUCCUAGCACCAUCUAGCUCAUGCAUCAAUCACUAGGAAGUGUAAUCGAGCUUGAAAUCGUGAUCGUGCCUAGAGACUGCAAUGGCAAGAUGUACAUUUUGGUCAUUUCUCACCAAUAAUGUAUAAUCAAUAAAAUCAAUAACAUUAAAAAAGAAACCAAUAUACAGUAAAUAUCACGUAUCAUCAUACAUAUUGUUUACUGUCCAAAGUACUGAUUCUCACACCACACGGUCAACCAAUCAAACUGCUUUGCAUAUGCGUGUUAGGCAUCAUAAUUGUGACAUAUACAUUUUACAUGACCUUUUCCUGCUCUGUUUAAUAAAUAGCAUCAUUCCAAGCACAGCUUAAGUCCAAAAUAAGAAAAUCAUUAAAAAAAAUUACAAUCAAAAUAAUUACAAAAUUACAUUUCUGUAAGUAAAAGUUGCAUCUCCUCACAGUUAUUUAUUACAAUGCUCAGAUCAAACUCACAAAUGAGCAUGUGUCAUAUAUAUAUUUAUCUUAUGUACAACAAAAAUGCCCUACAAGUACUUUUUUAAAGUUUUUGUUAUCCCUCCCCCUACACACAUUUAUACAUGUUUGUUUUAUCUAUUAACAAAUGUCAGCUAAACUAAUUAUGCUCAGCUUGAAAAUAUUUACUCGACUAGAAAUGAUCAAAUGUAAUCAUAGAUGACUAGAAAAGUCAUGGAAAUUCAUUGUUUUUAUUGGUCAGUGGAAAGAUGUUCAGAUCUUUUAACCGUUCUUGGUGUGCAGGGCAGAAAGUCACGUUCUGUCUCCCUGCUGUUUCCUUGGACUCUUAUUUUGAAGUUUUCCCCUGGACUCCAUUUCCCAUAGUGCACUGCCUUUAUCACUUCCAUCUGUUCCUGAUUAUCCUCACCUGUCUUUCGUUCCCUCAUUUAGUCCCAUUGUGUAUAAAUACCCUCCUGUUUUGUUCUUUGGUUGUCAGUUCUUGUCUAUUUAAGGCUUGUGAUAAUUUGUUUAUUUAGUUUAUGACACUCCACGGUGUUCUAUAUCGUCUUCAUUAAAGUCUGCAAAUAGAUCCAUCGCCUCUUCAUCUCCACAACUCGUGACACACAUAGGGUAACCUCCUCGUGGUCACGAUUAGUGGUUCUCGCUCUCAAUGGGGUGUGUGGUGAGUUGGGCAUGGAUCGUGGAGAGUAGCAUGAGCCUCCACAUGCUGUGAGUCUCCGGUGUCAUGGACAGCGAGUCACAUGAUAAGAUGCACAGAUUGAUGGUCUCAGAAGCGGAGGCAACUGAGACUUGUCCUCUGCCACUCAGACUGAGGUUGGUAACAGCACCACCACGAGGACCUACUAAGUAGUGGGAAUUGGGAUUCCAAAUAGGGAGAAAAGGGGAUAUAAAGUAAUGUAGGAAAGUCACAUUCCAUUAAUCACUUAAAAACACCUUAAUGUCACUGGAAUGAUUAUAAACCCUGAAUAAACAUGAAGAUGGGAGAUUAUAUGCUCUAUAGUGCUGUCAUCUAAAAGCAAUGCAUUCAGGAUACAGAAUAUCCUGCAGAGGGCAUUGCUGCUCUAUGUCUGUAAUACCUGAAACUCUCACCUUUUAUUUUUCAAAUAUGAUAUAGAUAGAAACUAUCUAUAAUAUAUCUAACCUCUCCUGCAUAUCUCUCUUUCUCUCUCUUUUUGUAUUCUUGCUUUGUUUCUCUGUUAAGAUGCCAAAACAAAUAAAUACCUUUAGUGCCAACAAUUAAACUCUGAUUAGCUACUCCGUUAAAAACUUCACAUUGAUUUAUCACUCGUACGUUAUAUUUAUUUCUUCUCAGUUAAUUUUACGUGUGUGUGUGCUAUCAAUAGAUGUCAAUAGGAAAAUCUGUGUGUGUGUGUGUGUGUGUGUGUGUGUGUGUGUGUCAGUUCUAGCUGGAUAUAGUAAAGUUGAGAGUCACUAAUAUCCUGCCAACAACACACACACACACUGAUCACCAUAUAAAAUCUGUCCACUGUCACACUAAAAAUCUGUAAUCUUGACCUUUUACUGUGUUGCUAAACUCAUCACUGUACUAUCUCAGACUUUUGUCAUUUUCAGAGUAAUUCUGAA